AUGAGGGCGUCCACAAGGUACACAGACAUCGCAGACACAGACAUCGCAGACACAGACAUCGCAGACACAGACAUCACAGACACAGACAUCGCAGACACAGACAUCGCAGACACAGACAUCGCAGAACACACAGGAGUUGGAGGUAAGAUUCGGGGAACGACCAUAAAUGCUGCUCGGAAUGCUGCUCAUCGCGCCGGCGUGGCUGAAAAACGGGAUAUUGAAAGAACCUUAGGUGGUGACGACACCCAAGAUGCUUCAAGACCUGUUCGCACUCAGCGGCGAGCUGAGGAUCCUGCCCAUCUUUAUCUAUGA